AAGACGCAUCUCUGUGAAUCAACAAUGAAAUAUUUUAUUAUAUUAACCGUAGCUGCUAUAUCCAACGCAGCUCGGUUAGACAAAACCUAUCUGCCGUCGAACAUUGGUCCAGCGAGCAAUGUCCCAUCUCGGACGUACUUAACCCCUACUCAGGGUGCGCCAUCUCGAACGUAUCUCACACCUACUCAAGAUGCGCUGCCAACUCGAACGUAUGUCACUCCAACUCAGAACCCGAUUCCUUCAGAAUCGAGUCAUCAAGCACAAAUAUUGAAGUUCGAGAAUGACAUGAACGAGAAUGGUUAUCAUUACGCAUACGAAACAAGUGACGGUACAAAAGUUGAGGAAAGUGGUCGAGUGCUUCCCGGAGCUCAACCUGAAGAAGGUUCCCUACAAGUGGAAGGUUCGUACUCCUACGUGGGUGUAGACGGACAGACGUAUUCCAUCACGUACACCGCUGAUGAGAAUGGUUACCACGCGACCGGUGACCACCUACCCACACCACCUCCGAUUCCUGAGGCCAUAUUGAAAAGCUUGGAAUUAACUGCUGGAAGUGGAGGUCAAUACGACAAGAAGAAAAGCAGUUAUGACGCAGACGCUGGCUACUAAAUAAACAAAUAGUUUUACAGCAAAGUGAAGAUCUAAAAUCGACUUACAAAGUUUAAUUUUUUUUAAAACUUAUAAAUAAGUCGUUUAGAUCCACACGAAACUAACUAGU